ACACAUGACGUCACACGGAUAACAUUUAACAAACAGUUUAGAAAACGAAACAGCGGAUAACUUGAGAAACAACUCCUCAGUAUUCUCGUGACGCCUGCUGUCACACGUCUUCUGUCUCAGCUUCAUACCGGAGCACCGGGGAGAGUGGCCGACCUUCGGUUUCAGCUGUCCUGCUCUUAUUUGAGGACCGCUCAGCAAGCCGGGCUGCUAAGUGUAGCUAGCGUUAAGUAGUUAGCUGGGAGCUAGCUAGCUAGUUAGCAUCAGAAACUGAACAGCUCUUUUAUCUUUUAACAGAGACUUCAGCGUCUGUCAGCAUGGAGAAUAAAUACAACCUCAAGAGCCCAGCGGUAAAGAGGCUGAUGAAAGAGGCUGCUGAGCUGAGGGAUCCCACAGAGCACUACCACGCCCAGCCGCUGGAGGAUAACCUCUUUGAAUGGCACUUUUCCGUACGCGGGCCACCGGAUUCUGAUUUCGACGGAGGGGUUUACCAUGGCAGGAUUGUGCUCCCCCCAGAGUACCCCAUGAAGCCCCCCAGCAUCAUCCUCCUCACGCCAAACGGAAGAUUCGAAGUUGGGAAGAAAAUUUGUCUGAGCAUCUCUGGCCAUCAUCCAGAGACCUGGCAACCCUCUUGGAGCAUCCGAACUGCCCUUAUAGCUAUAAUCGGAUUCAUGCCAACAAAAGGAGAGGGCGCAAUAGGAUCUCUUGAUUAUACUCCAGAAGAGAGGAGGGCCCUUGCCAAAAAGUCCCAGGACUUCUGCUGUGAAGCGUGCGGCUGCUCCAUGCGCUCCGCCCUCCUGGCUCUGACACCCAACAGCAACCCCAGCGCAGAGGACCACAAGGCUAAAGAGCUGGCUCAGCAAAUCAACUUCAAGGCAGAGUCCAGUUUAUCCAGACAGCCAAGUGAGAGCGGAGGAGCAGAGAGCGAGCCGUCCACACUCUCCCAGGGUGACACCUCCUCGUCUGGCAGUCAGGAAGCUUCUGACGGGCCCCAGGCUGAGCAGGCAGAGGCGUCUGAAGCCACAGAAACAGAGGGACCCCGGCCUGCUGCGACGCCCGGUACAGGUCGGCCUCUCAGCCCCAGGCAGCGUCGCGCCCAGCAGCAGGGCCAGAGAGACGCAGCCAGCAGGCCAGCCUUCCCCCCGCCUCCUCGCCAGCCUCAGGAUGAAAGCCACGCAGGCUCGGCGGUCCUCAUCGUGGUGCUCACCCUGGCCCUGGCCGCGCUCAUCUUCCGCAGGAUCUACCUGGCCCAAGAGUACAAGUUCGACUACGAGCUGUGACCACACACUUGGCCGCCCUCACUCCUCCCUCCUCACCUUCAAGUCGACCCCUCCUGCUACCACCCUAACAGAACUAUGGCCAGCUGAAGCGGAGCCAGAGCAGAGGCGGCGGCUGACACUGACUCCCUGCCCUCCCUGCUCGUCAACAGAGGGCUCGGUCUCCGCUGAAGGGGAACUUUCAUUCCUGCAGGGGAGGCGCUCCACUUACCACAACGCCUCCAGGAUGUCUUUUAAUCAAUGUGAAUUUUACUCUCCAGAGUGUCAUGCAUUUUUAAAAACGGGAAGCUUUGUUGUGUAGCCACACACACACCACAUGUACCCUUCCAUAUAGUUGUUCUAUCCUAGGGCUGCCGCUUGUUCCCUUUAUUUAAUUAAAACUAUAAUAUAUGUCAACAAAGUUAUGGGGGAUUUUUGACUCUAAGUAAUUAAUGAAUCAUCAAUCCAUCAGUUUUAUUUGUCACGUGUGAUUAUGUAAGUUACAAUUCCAGUAAAAUGUAAUCCAACCAGUUCCUCCAUUCAGUGUAUGAAAAAGUCUUUAAAUAGGGUAGGAAUAGUAAUAAAUAGAUGUGUAUGAUUGGGGAGUUCCUUGUGGCCUGGAGGUAGAAGGUCUUUCUGAUCCUCUCAGUGCUGGCCUGGUGUAUCCAGUAACUUCUUUCCUAUCUCAACAGGGAGAAAAGGCAGUUAUCUCCUGACCUUGUUCUUGCAGCACCUGGUGUGAGCAUCCUUCAUGCAGGGUAGAGCAGUAACUUUCAGCACCAACCACUCUUUGCAGGCCCUUGCGGUUCUUACCAGGCAGUGAUGAUCUCUGUCAGGAUGCUCUCAAUGGUGCAGGAAUAGAAGUUCCUCAGAGUUUCCUCAGGCGUCUAAGGAAAAACAGCCUCUCCCCCCCCCCCACUGCAUCACCACUGAGUCAGGAAACAGCGCCCAAACAGAUAAUACGGAAUCAUCUGCAUAGAGUAUAAGUGGUGUAAGUGCUAUAAUGACUUUUAUUUUAUUUGCUUUAACUUGCUGUUUCAUCAAGACAGUCACACCAUACCGGACUCGAUUUCAGUGGUGUGACAACUGCUGUUUGGGCUUCUUCAAAUGCACCAGGUGUUUUGGUGGAUUUGGGUGUGGCUGGCUAACACAGUGACACUCCCGAAUCAUCGGAUACAGAUGCUUGGUCAGCGGCUCUAUGCGUCAAACUAUGACCCCUUAGAUACCCCUAUAGCACCAGCUCUGGACACUCAAGUACGAUAUUUUAGUUUCUGCUUGUUACAUAUAUACUACCUUCUAAAAAUACACACCAGCCAACAUAGUUUUUUUGUGAAUAUUAUGCAACAAAAAUAAGUUGGUAGGUUUUUCUUGAUUUGGGUUGGAAUAAGUAAGUUUCUUACAAACAUAACAUGACAGAUGUUAUAUGACAUUCAUUAUAAACUACGCUAUGUUAUUAAAAUAACUCACAGUUGAAUUUUGGUUACACAAAGACUGUUUCCCAUGACUCCCUUUUUUCCUCCACAGCAGUUUGUCACUUGUGGGGUGGAUAAUUGAUCUGUCAAGCAGCUGAUCAAAUCCCAUCACUGGAUUAGAGGAGCAGCUGUUUGUAAGUGAAAGCAAACUUCUAGUCUCAGCAGAAUAAAUGGUAAAGUUUCACUUUCAAUGUGUGUGACGUUCUGCUGCGCCAUCUCUUCCCUAAGUGCGUUAAAAAUAUCAAAAUAGUAUGUAUUGCAAUAGUACACUUAAUGAACUGUCCAGCUCCAAAAAAUCAUUUGUGCCAGCCCACAAAUAAAUGUAUGUGUGCGAAACCCGACACAGGACACAAACAGCCAACUCUGGGGUAAAAGUCCUAUGUUUGUUUGACCCAUCCACUACUCCAACCUCCCACUGUACACAGCCUUUCUCACUCUCGACACAACAGCCGUUGCUCAGAGCGUCAAAUAAAGACACUGCCUAGUGCGUCUCAUACAGACACUAAAGGGUGCCUCAUGGUGUCAGUAUCUUACGCUGAGGGCCACUGACCAAGUGUCAGACGUUUUGAGUGAGAACUGGUUCAUUUGGUAUGAAAUAUAACUCUUAAUUUUCCUGCAUCUCACAUUGUUGAUUUUUAAUUAAUUUAAUAACUUAAUAUGGUGCAUUUUAAGAAUAAAAAAUGAAAUGUCACUGUUGUGAAGAACUGAUGAGCACUGCUAAUCUGAUGUUACCCACAUGAACAGGCAGAAUAUUUGCUUAUAACUCAGUCUGAUGUGUGUGGAGGUUUGUGUGCGGCAGCUUUUAGAUCAGAACAUAGGCUUCCUGCGUUCAGAUGUCUGCAAAGGAGAGGCUUUUCAUGCAGUACAAAGCAGACGUGAACAACAGAUACUGCAAGAAUUGCUGGUAUUCAUUUAUGGAUCAGUGCAGACUGUUACACCGUGUUCUGUGACCACUGUAAUGUGUGACUGUAGGGAUAUUGUCACACUUUCUACCAAUGAGAAGUCUGGAACAUGCCUUUAGGUCACAAUAUGUGACACAGUCCAAUAGAAAAUGUUGCUCUACUUUAACAAGGAAAAAAAAUGUUCCACUCAAAAAUUGUCAGGCACUUGCCCUUUCUUUCACCUUUUUACAGCCUGAAUUACCUUACUCCUAUAAUUUAAUAAUUUUAGCAACUUUUAGAAGUGUGGCAGUAUCCUUUCUACAGCAACCCCUUUGGUCAUACAUUAAAGCGGGAACUCCACCUACACUUCAAAGUCUGUUUCCAGAUAAUGGGGAACACUAAUGCAUUAGUGUAAAAAUGUUGUGUAAAACCUUCAGUCUUCAGAGGUAGCUGUGUGAAGUCAUAUGAGUCAGUGUCAGUUGGGGCUGAAGACUACAAGGUUGAAAAUGAAAAGAAUCUGGGGGUGUCAAGUUCAAAAACAGUGAUCUUAGCAGACCUCUGUAGCUGCUGCUGCAGGCCAGAGACUCCAGUUAGUGAAAUCAAAGUCCUACAUUACAAACAGAAUGAGCAUUUUUAUUUUGUGGUCAUCUCAGUUUGAAGGAAAAGACAUGUUAUGUUUUUGUUUUUCCCCCAAAUAGUAAUAAGUAACUUUGUGUAAAAUAACAUCUGUUUCAAUGGCAUUAUUUGUGCUUUCCCAUGUAUCAGAUUAGGAUCGGGGUCUAUCCUUACAGGCUGUAUUGGCAGCACAACUGAAACUCCAACCAAACUGUCACGUCAAGUUGUAUUAUGGGUAAUGCAACGUGGGGAAUAAAAAUAAAUAAA